AUGGCCCAGACACUACUGGAAAGAGCAUGCCAAAGGUUUCGUGACGAGCUCCCGCCUGAGGAAGAUCACGAGAUACAAGCGACAUCCUGGCAACACGUUCAAUCCGCUAUCGUAGAUAUUGAAAGGCAACUUGCCGCUCGACAAUGCCUGAGGAACCUGGAUAGGCUUACCCCGUACUUGAAAGCAGUUGAGGGAUAUGGGACCGUGGUCGAGAUAUUCUGCAAUUCUUCGCCAUUUGUUCCUUAUGUGUGGGCAAUUAAGGAACAGACUCAGGCGCUGGACAAGCUGCUGUCUGCAUAUGCACAACUAGGUCACGCUUUGCCGCGCCUGACAAAUCUUCAAGAAGCCUUUAAAGAGAAUCACGCUCUUCAACAACUCUUCGUCUUCUUGUAUGAGGACAUUCUGGAGUUUCAUCGAAGAGUCUACAAGCUCAUCCGCAAACCAGCCUGGGGCCGAUUUGAGCACCGUUUUAGUGCUCUGAUUGACAACAUUACAAAAACAACUGACCUGAUUGAAAAGGAAGUCACAACACACCACAUACUGGAUGCCAAAGAAUGGAGGCAGAAAUCACUUGAUGAAUCUGUUCGUCGUGAAGAGCAAUGGCAGUCAGAGCAACUCCAGGUGAUUCUGAAUUGGCUUAAGGCCGGGGAAAACGACCAGGAGCUCAGACUCGAGUGGCUUAAAGAGCGUUGUAACGAUGGGACCACGUCUUGGAUUACCAAGAACACCAAGUUUCGCUCAUGGCUUCAGCGAGAACGUGGGAAACAAUUGUUGUGGAUCUAUGGGAAACCAGGCUCAGGCAAAUCAGUUCUCGUAUCGCAGAUAAUAUCUUUCAUUCGUUUGGAUCAAAAGAAGCGGGUGUUGUUCUUCUUUUGCGACUACUGUACUCCAGCACACGAUGUCUCUGCCCAGAUUUUCAAGGCCUACUUAGCCCAGUCAAUUCGCCAAGAUGAAGACCUCGUGCCGUUCAUCUACGAUAACUAUGCUGCUAAAGGACGUUCUCCGACGAUCAGAGUUUUGAAAGAGAUACUCGUCACAAUCUUGAAAGAAAUGGAUUUUGUGCGUUUGAUAGUGGACGGAGUCGACGAGGUACAAUACACUGAACAUCGAAGACUUUUGCAGGAAGUACACGCGGUCACGACGAUGGCCGGUGUCUCAUGCAAGCUUCUCAUAUCUAGCCAAGACCUGCCCAGCAUCCGAUCUUUCCUAUCGGCAAGGAAACCACAUCACCUAUUCUUAGGUGAUGAAAAAGAGGCGAUCAUCAAAGACAUGGCUACUGUUGUUCACGCUUCAUUAGGAAAUCUGGGCGAGAUGCUCGGAACUGCCCUCGAUAAUUCGGAGCGACUGUCCCUUCAAAAACGGAUUUUGGAAAAGGCCGAAGGCAUGUUCCUUUGGCUGAAUCUGGUUUUGAGCCUCCUCGAAACAGCAGGGAGUUUAGAGGAGUUGAGGUCAACUGUAGACGGCUUACCACGAGAUCUGGAGGAGAUGCAAGCAGACCCUUGGCUUACCCGGUACGGCAAGCUUCUUGAAAGAAUACAAAAUAAUUGUGUUGCGUCGAGAGGUGAUUCCAAAGUUCGUCGUAUAUUUCAAUGGAUUCUGUUCGCGGACAAGAAGCAAGCCAUCCGGAAGCGAGACGUCCUGCUGGGAUCAAGUAUCCACGAGGGGUCGGUCACACUUCAAAGAAACACCAAGCCAUUCCCCAACUCCCUUGACAUUUGCAAGCCACUGAUCGAGGAUGGUCCGGGCGGCUCUGUGUCUCUGAUACACUCGACACUGGCAACAUGGCCCUCUGUCUCCUCCUGCACAUCACACCAUGACAUCGCCUUCGCUUGCGUGUCGCAACUGACGCAAACGCUGGAUUUUGCUCGCGAUAACAUCCCAUCAACCGAAUUGACGGAGAAAGUUGGGCUUGGUCUUUUAGGCCUCCAAGAGUAUGCUAAUGAGUACUGGAUAUUCCACGUCUUACGUUAUAUUGAGGCCCAAGAUGGGCCGCCUGACCAACGAAGUCCCCUGUUGACACAACUGCUGAACUUUGCAACAAAACCUACAAAUGUAGCAAAGACUCAACCCAAUACUCUUUCCGGGUUUUCUGAGCCAGCCAGCCCAGCAACAAUUCAGGAAAGGAUUCCUGACAAGUUGAAGGUUGUACCGGAAAUUCACGGUCUGAUCUGCCAAGUUUUGAACUUUCGACAAAAGUUUGAUGCGAAGCAGGCUUCGGAAGGGCCAGGCAAGUCAAGACAGCGUGGCCGGUCAAGAGAGUGUGCUAAUCGUAACAAUUUGUGCAUAGAUAUUCUGGCCACGGAUUGGGAUCCAACAGUCCUUUCCCGCGCAAACUGGAAAUACAACAUCGCCGUCAAGUCGCUUCUCCAUGCUUCGAGUUGCGAUGGCUUGUCCCCAGCAGAAUUGCAAACUUUCCAGUCUGAGUUUAGGCGGACUGCCUUCAUCUGCACAGUCAGAAACUGCGAGCGCUCGCGUUUCGGGUACCCGUCCGCGGUUGAGCUCGAAGAUCACAAGACUCGACAGCACAAUGCCGGUUUCAAGUGCUAUCAUCAAAACUGCCGCUACAACGACAUCGGGUUCACCAGUUCGAAGAGGCUCCGUGCACACGAGAUUAAAUUUCACUUCAGAGAUUUGCCGGAAAUACCUAAGACGCUCAAACGAAAAUACCCGGUCGACGGCUCUCCGAAAGACACCGGAGCGACCGAGGCCCCAGCUCCCGUGCCGCAAGGGCCAGGGGACCCUCCUGAUGAUUUUUUUGAGCAGUAUUGCUUCGAUUUCAUGAAUAGUACCCUAUAUACCCAUGGCUGGCAGAGGGGCUUUUCAAUCACGGAGCGCGUAAAAAAGGCUCAAGACCUUAUUGCAACUACUAUUGUUGCGACGCCUGAUCAACCACCGCAAAGACUCGCCGAUCUUUCCCUUCAAUUUGAGCAGAACGCUUUGAGGACAUCGCCAGAUAAGCAGGUAUUGACUUUUGCAGACCACAUAUGA